GCUCGCCGCCGCUUCGCCGCGCGCUUUUUGAGGCGGCUGCGCCUGAGUCGCGGCGGCCUUUGGCACCGGCCGGCCCAGCUGAGGGGGCCUCGGCAGCGCUUGGGAAUGGGGCGCCGCAGCUGUUGCUCUUGCUUCAUCGCGGGACGUCCCUUCUGGCAAGGCCGCGAUGUUUUUGGUCGCCGCCGCCGCUUAACCGCCGGGUAAAAGGAGACCACCGCCGUGCAAGAGAACAGCUCGCGCCUUCCUCAGCCCCGGCGCCUUCCUCGGCUGCGGCGGCGAUGAGAGAGCGGUCGCGUCUUCAUCCAGCGAAGCAGGGAAGGCGCAGCUCUCCCUCGACCUUCGCCCGCCGGCGGCGCCUCCUCCGCCUCGCCGCGCUCAGUUCGCCGUAGACACCGGGCGGCGAUGUGGAGCUCCGGGGCCGCCGCGUUGCAGCUGCUCUCGCGGGCGACCAAGCAAGCCUUAGCCCAGGGAGCCCGGCAAGACCUGAAUCGCUGGCUGCAGCCUCUGGGAGCCGCGGGCGAGCCGGCGGAAGCGGCGAGCCGAGGGGCGUCCGGCGAGCCGCUGCUGUUCGGGGAGCAGAACGGGCUGUAUCACUGCCCUCCGCCUCAUCCUUCUCAGGAACCGUCGGUGGAGCUCCUGCUCUGCCAGCUGCCCGAAGCGGGACACGGUUUGGGGGAGAGCAGGACGUGGCACUGCUCGGGAUGCCUGCUGGGCACCUGCUGGUGCAAGAGUUGCCUGAGCGCCUGUUUCCUGGCGAUGUUCUGCUUUGCCUCGCUCGCCUUGAUGCGCCAGUACCUGCGGGACCUGAUGCUCUGGGCCGAGAGCUUGGACAGCCUGGCUGGCGUGCUCCUCUUCACCGUGGGCUUCAUUGUGGUGUCCUUUCCUUGCGGCUGGGGCUACAUCUUACUCAACGUGGCCGCCGGCUAUCUCUACGGCUUCGUGCUGGGCAUGGGUCUCAUGGUUCUGGGUGUCGUGAUCGGCACCUUCAUCUCCCACGUGGUCUGCAAGAAACUCCUGGCCCGAUGGGUGCUGGCGAGGAUCCAGGGCAGCGAGAAGCUCAGCGCCGUCAUCCGCGUUGUGGAAGGAGGAAGCGGCCUCAAGGUGGUGGCCUUGGCUAGACUUACACCGAUACCCUUUGGACUUCAAAAUGCACUCUUCUCUAUCACAGAUCUUUCACUACCAAACUACCUGAUGGCUUCUUCCAUUGGAUUACUUCCAACUCAACUUUUAAACUCCUACCUGGGAACUACCUUGCGCACUAUGGAAGAUGUUAUUGCAGAACAAAGUUUUAGUGGUUAUUUCAUUUUUAUUUUACAGAUUGUAAUAAGUAUAGGCCUCAUGUUCUAUGUUGUCCACCGAGCUCAAAUGGAAUUGAAUGCAGCCAUAGUUGCAUGUGAAAUUGAAAUGAAGACAUCACUUGUGAAAAGCAGUCAGAUCAGCAGCAACAAUUCAACAUCUUGCAACAAGAGGACACUUGCAUUUUCUGGAGGAGGAAUCAACAUAGUGUGACUUUCUCUCAAUUUUUGCAGUAUUAUCUUACGUUUGUGAAACUGGGUCAUUUAAUUUGUUGCUUACGACUGCUGGACUUUUCAGCAAAACUUACAAACCAAGUGGCCGGAAGAUGUACUGUGAUAAGAAGUACGUGGCAGUUUUUAUAUAGUAAACUGGCUAAAUUUUUGUAGGGUUCAAUAGUAACUAUACAUAGAUGCAAAUCUGGCUGCACCUUUGUCUUUAUUAUCAUGACUUAUAGCCUGCACUUUAGACUUUGUUCGAUGUUUGCUUUUAUAAACUGAAGAAUACCCUGAUACAAUUUUCUUUCUGCUUAGCAUUAUUUAUAAGACUGACUAAUAAAUGGUAGAUCUUUAAUACUUA